AACUGCCUCUGGUACGUACAUACCGUCAAAAUCCAUUUCGUCUUUUUCUUUCAUAUUAUUUGGAUCGGAGACAGAGAGAAAGAGGAGAGAAAGAUCUUAUCUACAACUGCACAACACAUUUACACCCAAAAGGCGAAGCAGAGGAAAACAAAGAAACCAACAAAUCUUCUGAAAAUUUCACUAUUUCCCAUAAUCUCCGCCAGAAGGAUCAGAGACGAGAGUGAGUGAGACAGAGACUGCACAUGAUUUAGAGAGAGAAAACUGUAGAGAGAAGAUAGCACAGAGGAGGAGACAGAGCAGCUCAGGUGUUUCGCAGGGAGGAUUAUAUCUCACAGAGGAGAGAGAAAGUGCUGUUAUUAUGCAUUAAGAGAAAGUCAGUGAAGGUUUAAUCAUCUUGAAAUUUCUCCAGUGAGUUUCAUCUUAAAAUGAAUUACUGUGUUCCGGAUUUCGAAUUGGAUGAAGAUUACGCAAUUUAUACAUCCUCAAGUUCGAGUCGACCAAAGAAAUCACGAGUGGCUGAUGAGGAGAUCAUGGAGCUAAUGUGGCAAGAUGGUCAUGUGGUUAUGCAAAGCCAAAACCAAAGAUCUGUCAAGAAGUCUCAAUUCGGAGACGCCGUUCUACCUGCCGAGCAAUCGGCGGCGAGACAGAUCCAAACAGGAGAAGAAUCGGCGAAUAAUCUGUUCAUGCAAGAAGACGAGAUGGCCUCUUGGUUACAUUAUCCCAUGGAUGACUCUUCCUUCGACCGUGACUUGUAUGCCGAUUUCCUCAACCCUUCGCCGACCGCCACCGUCGCCCCUUCCUCCCAUACCGUCCAGAUUUCCGAUGUCAGUACAGCAGACCUCAGACCUAAGCCACCUGCAGCGGCGGCGACUCGGCCACCAAUACAUCCUUUUAUGCGUACGGAGGCUCAAACCUACUCGAGGCACCACAAUUUCGUGCACUUGUCGAGGCCUAAGUUGAGGAUUGAAUCAGCAGCACCAAGUUCGAACAAGGUAGGGAUGGACUCGACGGUGGUAGACUCAAGCGUGACUCCCUCGGGUAUGGCACAGGUCUCCGGAGAAAAUUUAGGCUGCGGGAGCAUGGGCGGUACAAAGGGGGCAGGUACAUCGUCUGCUGCUGACGGCGUUGGUAGAGGGAAGGCGGUGUGCGAGCGCUCAGUGUCUUCAUCACCCGGUGGCUCCAGCGCGAGCGCCGAGCCGGUCCACAAGCCGCCACCAACGACGGAGGAGCGGAAGCGCAAGGGUAGAGAAGCCGACGACUCUGAGUGUCACAGUGAGGAUGCUGAGAUUGAUUCCCCCGAUGCAAAGAAACAUGUUCGUGGAUCAACAUCAGCAAAGCGGACUCGUGCUGCGGAGGUCCAUAAUCUCUCAGAGAGGAGACGUCGAGAUAGGAUAAAUGAAAAAAUGAGGGCUUUGCAAGAACUCAUACCUCGUUGCAACAAGUCAGACAAAGCUUCUAUGCUUGAUGAGGCUAUUGAUUACUUGAAAUCACUUCAAAUGCAAGUGCAGAUGAUGACCAUGGGAUGCAGCAUGGUCCCUAUGAUGUUUCCCGGCAUUCAGCAGUACAUGCCGCCAAUAGGUAUGGGGAUGGGAAUGGGAAUGGAUAUGGGCAUGAAUCGACCAAUGAUUCCGUUUCCCCCUGUUCUGGCUGGUUCAGCCUUGCCAACAUCAGCUGCAGCAGCGCAUUUGGGUCCGAGAUACCCUAUGCCAGCAUUUCAUAUGCCUGCUGCUCUACCGGAUCCAUCUAGAAUGCAAGCAACUAGUCAGUCAGAUCCCUUGCUACACUCACUUGGUACUCAGCCCAACCAGUCACGAAUGCCAAGUCUUGUCGAGCAAUAUCAGCAGUAUCCUGGUCUUUACCAGAUGCAAAUACGACCGCAUCAGUUCUUUGUGCAGAGUCAAGCAAUGGGGGUGCCAAGUAGCAGCAAGCCAAGUAGCAACAAGGGAGUUGAGAAUCCAGGGAAUCACCAAUCUGGUUGGCACACAGGAGAGGGAUUAUGAAAGGCUCUUGCCUGCUAUAAGUUUUGUAGGGUAAGCGACGCCAACCAAAGUAGUCUUUUGGCUGGAUAAUGUGAUAUAAACGUAUAGCUAGAAUGCUUGUGAUAUAUAUACCCCAUAGUUACAAUUUCCUUUACUUAUUAAUUUUAUUAUUAUUAUUAUUUAUUUGUGUUUGUUUUUUAUUAUA